GGUUCUUUUGUGUCCCAGUCGUAAUCCUGGUGACAAAAAAAGAAAAAAGAGGAAUCCUGGUGAAUGUGAAGCCGUCCAUUCCAAAAGUUAAGUAAAUGCUUGUUUGUUUGUAUCUCUUGGUCUCGGUCGAAAAAAAGAGCAAAAGGAAAGAAUUAGCUGACACUCAUUUGCCUUUUACCCUUUACCCUUUACCCUUUACCCUUUUUACCCUUUACCUUUCCCAUUUGACAACUCCCGUUUACCCAAAGUGGCCUUGUCAUCUCUGGAAUCCUUCCUUUCCUCCUACCUUCCCUUCUCUUCCCUUCUUUUGCCCAACACCUCUUAACCACCAAAUUCAUCGCAGGAUCGAUUAGAUAUCUUUCGAUUUUUUAUUAGAAAAAAGCGUCUUGCGGAAGUAUACGUUCCUUCAAAGUUUGCCUUGAGAGCUGCAUCUACAGAUUGUUCGACACGUUCAUUAUCGACAAACCAGAAAGUCACACAUCCCACGAUCCCUCCCUUUCGAGCAACUUCGAUCAUUUGAUGCGCUCAGAAAUAUAGAAUUGGCUUUCUCAACUUCCAACAUUCAUUCUUGGAUCCCACGGAAAUACUGGGAAGACGUGUCCAUCAGAUACACAUUCACUGCUUCUUUGCUAUCACGCAUCAUCACCACAGAUCAGAGUGAUCAGUACAUGUACAGAUAUUCACUUCAAUAUAUCAACCCAGAAUCAACCGUACCUGCCCUCAAGGAGUCACUUAUUAUUCCAUAUCGGCCCGCCUCGAUCUUAGAUUUGCGUCACAGAGUCAUUCCUUCAAAAUCCAGGUCAUUCUUACAAAAGAGAACGUAGUCGUGCGACAUACAGCACUGAAGCUUCUUUACUCUGAAAGCUUCAAAAAGUAUUUCCUGUCCAACCAGAAAUAUUCCAGAAGCUCACCUGCAGGACACAUCUGAUCAAUUACCAAUCCUGUUCGAUCAACCUCCUGCACUGAUAAAGAUUACCCGUCGGAAGAUCUAAUCCGGAAUAUCUUACCGGGGAUCAUAUAUACCCCCACCAUAUCACCUCCAGAAAGUAGUUGAUCUUACCCGGGAGACAGAUUCCGAAUCUUCCAUAUCAGCAAAUAUGUCUCUCGCACGCGCAUUUACAACUAGGAGGGCCAAGAAGCAGCUCGAAGUCGCCGCUCCCUCACCGACUGCCCAACGACCUAUAACUCCAAAGUUCGCCCAUGGUACUAUUAAGCGUGCACAGAUUUCGGCCCCAACUGAACUUCUCUCUACUACCAAUAUGUUGUCAUACAAUGCACCGGAUCUCUACCCAAAGGAUGCCAGUAAACGAAUCGCAUCAAGCAGCACGGCAUCAACUCAUUCCGGAGAAGAGUCAGAUGCCUCGCGAAUGACUAGCUCGACAAGUCUAACUUCUGCCGAUACACUGUCAAUUGAAUCUCGUUCGCCAAUAACUCCAGCAGGGGAUCAUCUCUCGGCAUUCAACUUUGGCAAAAAAUCGAUUGAGAUCGCAUCUGGUGAUGAAGCUCCUGGGAUUCCAAGUAGAGCUCCUUCACAUACCAAGAAGAAUCACGAAAUCAUGUCUCGCAAAAACUCUGUUGCAAGAUUGGCGUCACCAAAGAGCGCUACCACUGUUCGAUCAACAAUGCAUAUGUUCUCACCAAACGUCCAGGAAGCUGUUGCACCUGAACCACAUCCUUUCGGUAAAGAACUUGCUCAGGUCACUGAGAUUGCCGAGGAAUAUGGCAUCACCAAGGAAACUAUGGCUGUUGUCGAUGAGGAAGAACAAGAGUUGAUAUCGAGAGGAUUAUUCAAAUUCCGAGCCGAAGACUACAUGAGUGAAAUACAAGGACUAUUUAUGAGCGCUUUCGGCGAAGUCAAACCCACCAUAGGACCGGUAUGGAUCUAGAAUGAAUGAGGCAGGCUUCUCUUUAUUCUAUGGCUUGACGCUACUCUUAAAAAAUUCGAUGUACAUAUUUUACAACCACUCGUCACUUGACGAACUUUCUUUACGUUCCUUUCACGAUUAUUACACAUAAUCUUUACAUUACGUUUCUUUCGACUGUCACGGAAAACCGGGAGGAGGAGGAGUUUAUUACGGCCUGGAAUUUUCUUUUUUUUUAAAGGGGACAGGAUAGGAGGGAAAGAUGUUCGAUUGGUCGGUCGAUAUUCAUGGAUUGGCUAUAUCCCGGAGUUUUUCUUUUAGGGCAAACUCCGACACAUUCACUUGGGCUUAUUUUCAUUGAAUUUCCUUUAUCUAUCACACACACUCUUUUUAAGAAUAUCAUAGGAUAUUAAUGCGUUGAUCUGGAUAGGAUUUGGAGGUACUGGGAAAUGGUACUCGUGUAUUUUGAAAGGGGAGAGACGAGCGAAAAAUGAUGGAGGAUGCGGAUGGGGUUAAACUGAACCUUUAAUUGCUAGUUACUAAGUAAAGGACAGACCAUACAUAAAGACAGCAAUGUUUAUCAAGAUACCUCGGAUUCUGAUUGAUAUACAAUUUCAUGCUUGUUUGUGAAAGUUGUAUUCGGGCCUUGUGAUUUGAAUGAACGGAAAAUUUGCAUGUGCAGGACAUGAUGUUUGAUGUUGAUGAUUCCACUCGAUAUAAUACUUAUUAUCACUAUAGGCAUGGAUGGAAUCUACAAGUUUCAACCAUCGUUAUGAUGAUCA